UCUAUCUCUCUCUUCAGCUUCUUGUUCUUACCUGCAAACAAGUAAAGCAAACAACGGGGUGCUUGAAAACUUAGCUUUGCUUCUUCUCAGAGAAACACACAGAUCAAGCCAUCAACUUGUACUUGUUAUAAACCUUCCCUUAAUUAUAAUUACUUUCUUUUAAUUGUCCAUUGCUUCAGAUUGCUUUUCCAUAAUUUUUCCUUAUCAAUUCUCUAUCGUUUUAUUAGAUCUGUUUUAUACUCAGUAUCAAUAAAUUUCUUUAAAAAAAAAAAAAAAAGCAUUAUUCUCAACUUCUCUUAAUAGUAUUACUCGUAGUGAUCUGUUUGCUUCAAGUUAGAGUACAUCGGUUGAGGGUUUGCUCUUAAAAACUUUGAAUUUGAUAGUUGUUUGUUAUAUCUUUCUCUCUUUCUGUUUCGUUCUUUAUCUAUUCUGUUUCCUUUUUUCCCCUGUUUUCAUUUUUAAUUAGCCUUGCUUUUAUUCUCAGUGUAAAGCUAGAUUUUAUUCAUCAGGUUUUCUGUUGUUAAAUAUUUGCUGAGUUAUUUUGUCAUAUAAUAUUUACCACUUCUUUUUCUUCUUUUCCCUUACCUCCUAAGUACCCUUUAAUUGUAGCUUUACUUGAAAACAAAGAGAGAGAGAGAGAGAGAGAGAGAGAGAGAGAGAGAGAGAGUGUGGCUGUUCAAGUAUUUGUCAGAAAUGGCUGAAGAAAUAGCCCUCAGUGCUGCUGAGGAAGUUGCAUCAAAAGCUACAGAUUUGGCUUUUGGUUUUCUUAAACAGCAGAUAUCUUAUCUGUUCGAGUACCAGAGAUACAUCAACGACCUCAAAAAACAAGUUGAGGAUCUUAGAAAUAAAAGAGAAACAGUGGAGAAACCUGUACAGUCAGCUCAAAGACAGGGGGAAGAGAUUUAUGAAGCUGUUAAGAAAUGGCUGAGUGAUGUAGAUGAGUUCACUGAAAGGGUAGCAAAAGCCAUCAUUGAGGAUGAAGAUAAAGCAAAUGAGGUCGGCUGUUUCUUGGCAUGCCCUAAUUUAAUUCAACAUUACAAACUUGGAAAGGAAGCAGCGGAAGCAGCAGUGAAUGGAGCCGAUUUGUUGGGGAAAGGCAACUUCAGAAGUGUUUCCUACCGUCCUGCUCUACAGAGGACAGAAGCCAUGUAUGUUAGAGGCUAUGAGGCAUUCGAUUCUAGAGUGCAAGUUUUUCAAGAAAUUGUGGACACAUUGAAGGAUGGUAAUGUUAACAUAAUUGGGGUGUAUGGGAUGGGAGGUGUGGGCAAAACUACACUGGUCAAAAAAGUAGCUUGGCAGGUGAAGGAAGACAAGUUAUUUCAUGAGGUGGCCAUUGCUGAGGUAACACAAACCCCAGACUACAAAAAAAUUCAAGAAAAACUUGCUUCUGAUUUAGGCUUGGAAUUUAGGCAGGAGAGUGAAUAUCAAAGAGCUAGUCUACUACAUUACAGGAUAAAGAAGGAGAAGAGUUUGCUUAUAAUUUUGGAUAAUAUUUGGACAAAACUUGACUUGGAUGUAAUUGGAAUUCCUUUUGAGGAAGUUGAGAAAGAAAGAAAAGAUGAUAAGAUCAGGCCAUGCACGGUAUUGUUAACUUCUAGAAAUCGGGAUUUAUUAAGCAAAGAUAUGAAGACUCGGAAGAACAUCUUUGUUGGUCCUUUAUCCUACGGAGAUGCAUGGAAUUUGUUUCAGAAAAUUGUGGGUGGUUCUGCAGAAAACUCUGAUCGUCAUCCUGUAGCAGUUGAGAUCGUUACAAAAUGUGCUGGUUUACCGGUUGCAGUUUCAACAAUUGCAAAUGCAUUGAAAAAUGAGAGUCUUCACACUUGGGAGGAUGCCUUGGCUCAACUAAAAAGGUCUAAUACAAAACGUAUUCUAGAAGUGGAUGAAACUUUGUAUUCUACUGUUGAACUGAGUUACAAUUUUCUGAAAAAUGAGGAAGCUAAAUCACUAUUUCUUCUUUGUGCUCUAAAUGACGCUGGUAGUAGUGUGCCCAUUGGUGACCUAUUAAAAUAUAGUAUGGGUUUGAAUUUGUUUGGAGAUGUGUAUACAUUGGAAGAAGGAAAGAAUAGAUUGUACAGGUUGAUAGAUUAUCUAAAAGCUUCUUGUUUGUUAUUGGACGGUGAUAAUGACCAUGCAGUUAAAAUGCAUGAAAUUAUUCAUGCUGUUGCUGUAUCGAUUGCAUCAACUGAGAAAUUCAUGUUUCAUAUUCAAAAUGUCACCAGCUUGAAAGAAGUACUAGGGCAGAAAAUAUCAAAAGAUUCAGCUGCUAUAUCUUUGCCUUAUAGAGAUAUUUAUGAUGAGCUUCCUGAAAAGUUAGAUUUGCCAAAAUUGAAGUUCUUUUCCCUAUUUGUGAGAAAUUGCUCUCUACAAAUCCCAGAUCUAUUUUUUGAAGAGACAAAAGAACUCAAAGUUUUAGAUCUCACCGGAUUUCAAUUCUUGGCGUUACCUUCAUCCAUUUCUUUCCUAAAAAACCUUCAAACACUGUGUUUGGACUUCUGUUUGUUAGAGGAUAUAAAAACACUCGGAGAGUUAAGGAAAUUAGAAAUUCUUAGCUUGUUGGGUUCUGCUAUUGAACAGUUGCCUGAAGAAAUUGGACAAUUGACUCGGUUGAAGUUGUUAGAUUUGAGCAAUUGUUUAAACCUUAAGUACAUUGCCCCAAAUUCCAUGUCCUACUUGUCUCAAUUACAAGAACUAUAUAUGGGUAAUAGCUUUGUUCAAUGGGAAGUUGCAGGGGUCGAUAAUCAAGGACAAAAAAAUGCUAGUCUUGAAGAGUUAAAGCAGUUAUCUAACCUAACAGCUUUACAUCUUCAUGUUCAAGAUGCUCAAGUUAUGCCAGAAGACUUGUUCUUCAAGAAAUUGAAAAGUUAUAAAAUAUUUAUAGGAGAUAAAUGGAAGUGGUCUGAUAAAUAUGACCUUUCAAUUUCAAGAACGCUCAAAUUGAAGAUAAGUGAUAAUGUUUAUAUGGGGCAAGGGAUUAAAAGUUUGUUGAAGAUGACUGAAGAUCUUUUUCUAAAGGAAAUGAAUGGAGUUAGAUCUGUUCUUUAUGAACUCAAUGUGGAUGGUUUUCCACAUUUAAAGCAUCUGCAUGUAAAGGACAGUUUUGAUAUUUUAUAUAUCAUUAACUCAGUUGCUUGGAAAUUAGCCUUUCCCAAGUUGGAGUCAUUGAUCCUCUGUAAUUUGAUUAAAUUGGAGAAGAUAUGUCAUGGUAAACUCAAUGCAGGGUCUUUUAGCAAAUUGAGGAUCAUAAAAAUAGAAAAAUGUGAUAAAUUGGAGUAUCUCUUUGCUUACUUCAUGGCAAAAAACCUUAUGCAGCUACAAGAAAUUGAAGUGACUGAUUGUAAUAACCUUAAAGAGCUUUUUGGUAGAGAAAGUGAUAACCAUGGUGAUGAAAUUGAGAAAAAUACUAAGGCAGAGUUUAAUCAAUUGUGUUCUUUGACACUACAACGCCUACCUAAAUUCAUAAAGGUUGGCUCUGACAAGGUGGCUGUCUUUCCAAGAUUGAAGAACCUGAAACUAUGUUCAAUUAAUUUUGAGAAUCCAUGGCUUGAUGAGCGUCUGGUAAUGUUUUCUUAUAGUCUAUGCUUAACAAGCUUAACUGUGGAGGAGUGUAAUGGCUUGAAAUAUUUGUUUUCAUUCUCUAUGGUCAAAAGUCUUAAUCAACUCCAAAAGCUUGUGGUAAGCAAUUGUAACUCAAUGGAAGUAAUAAUUGACUCAAAAGGAGUAGGAGAAGAAAAGAUAAUUCAUAUGAGUUUCCCUAAACUAUUGCACAUGAAGCUUGAAUUAUUGCCAGAACUGGCAAGUUUUGCCACAGGGAAUUUAAUUGAAUUCCCUUCCUUAAAAGAACUUCACAUUGAGCGUUGCUCUAAUUUGGAGACAUCCUUCGUCAAAUCUUUUUAUCCAGACCCGCUGAGAGAAGAACCCAAAGAAGUGAAUUUGGAAAACUACUUUAUGAAUAUAAACCCGCUCUUUGAUGAAAAGGUUGCUUUUCCAUGCUUGGAGGAGCUGGUGCUUUUACGCUUGAAUAACUUGCAGCUGAUAUGGCACAACCAAAAACUCCAUGUGGAGUCCUUUCGCAAAUUAAAAGUAGUGAGAGUCGAAUCCUGUAAAAAGUUAUUGACUAUUGUUGCAUCUAGUACUCAAGGAAACUUGACCUUCCACAGUCUAGAGAGAUUGACUGUUGCAAACUGUCGGAGUAUGAAAAGCCUCUUUCCAGUUUCUACUGCUAUUGGUCUUGUGCAACUUAAAGAGCUAUGGAUAUAUUCUUGUGGUUUGGAGAAAAUUGUUUCUGAGGAGGAAGUUAAUGGCGCCCCUACAUUUUUGUUUCCACAAUUAACAUAUAUCCAACUUGACAAUUUAGAGGAACUCAAAUGUUUCUACCCAGGGUUGCAUGCAACAGAGUGGCCAAUGCUAAGAAGUUUGGCUGUAUAUAAUUGCAAGAAGAUAAAAUUGUAUGCUUCUAAAGUUCCUAGCUUCCAAGCCGGAGACAUGGAGAGGCAACCUGCCCUUUUUCUGUUGGAAAAGGUCAUACCGAAUUUGGAAGUGUUGGGCUUAGAUGCUCAUGACUUCAGAUUGACAUUCCUACACAAUGAUCUGGCAGAGAGUUUUAGCAAACUUGAAAUGCUAUGGUUGGUUAACUUUGAUGAUAAUUGUGUUGUUUCUGUGUUCGAUUUCCUUCAAAAGUUAAAUUGUUUGGAAUCACUUGCUUUUAGUGGUAAUAGUUUCAAAGAGCUAUUCCCUUAUGAACAAGGACAUAUAUGGAAACAAGAUUUCCCGGGGGACACAUUUCUUCAAAAUGUUCAAACAAUACAUGUAGAUAGAUGUCAUUGUUUGAAAAUUUUGAUGCCAUCUGCGGUGUCUUUAAAAAAUCUUAAAACUUUGCACAUUGAGCGAAGCAAUGGAUUAGCCAAUGUACUUUCAUGCGAAGCUGCCAAAACUCUUGUGAAUCUCACAACACUAAGAAUCAGAGACUGCAAGUUGGUGACAGAGGUCUUAGCAAAGGAGGGAGACAAAAAAGAAGAGAUUGUUUUUGGCCAAUUAAAAGUUUUGGAGCUUUACUGUUUAUCAAACCUUACAUUUUUCUGCUCAGCCAAUUAUUCCUUGAAAUUCCCUUGUUUGGAACAUCUUAUUGUGAGUCAAUGUCCAAAAUUGAGCAUAUUUUCUCUGGGAGUGUUAAGCACACCAUUGCUACAAAAAGUACAUCUGAUAGAACAAAACAAUCAUGGAGAAUAUUUUUGGAAGGAGGAUCUCAAUUUCACUAUCAAGCAAGUGUUUACAGAUAUGGUUGGCUUCCGUAACUUUGAACAUUUGACACUCUCUGAAUUUCCCAACAUGAAAGAAAAAAUAUGGAAUGAAAAGUUACCAAUCGACUUAUUUUGGAAUUUAAAGUCUCUAGUAAUAGAUAAAUUUUCAGAUAUAUCGAGUGGUAUUCCAUCCAAUGUGCUAUGUUACUUCAAAAAUCUGGAAAUGUUGAAUGUAAAAAGUUGUGAGUCACUAGAACAGGUGUUUCAUAUGGAGGAAAAUCACCAAGAUUUUUUGGGCUUAAAGAAAUUGAAAUCAUUGAAAAUUGACAAUUGCAACAGCUUGAGAUAUGUAGUUACUCCGUCUAUAUUGUUGGGCCUUGUUCAACUCCAAAAUAUAGAAGUGAAAAAUUGUGCUUUGAUUGAAGAAAUCAUCAAAAGGGAAGGGGAGAAGGAUGCAUUGAGUGAUCAAAUUAUGAUCCUUCAAUUAAAUACCAUCAUUUUUGAGUCACUACCUAACUUGACAAGCUUCUAUUCUGGAAGUAAUAUUUUGGAAUGUCCUCCCUUGACAACUAUUAUCAUUAAGGACUGUCAAAAGAUCCAAAUGAAGGAGUUCAAUAUUCAUCUUGCAUCAUUUCUUACCGAAAAGGUUGAACUACCCACCUUGAGAUCAUCUUCUUUCUUCCGGAAUUUAACAAUCUUGGCCAUAGAUGGCUUUGAUCAUUUAAAAUAUUUAUUCUCAUCUUCUACUGUCAAAAGUCUUUUUAAAUUGCAGGUGCUUGAGAUAUCUAAUUGUAAGUUCAUGGAAAGAGUAAUAGAUGGAGAUGAAGGGAGAACAAGAACAAUGUUGUUUCCUAAAUUAUACCAGUUGAAACUUAGAGAUCUUCCAAAACUCACAACAUUCUGCAACUCCACUGCAAAUUUUGUUGAAAUGUCCUCUUUAUUCAGACUCUGGAUUGACAAUUGCCCGAGUAUUCAAACAUUCAUCUCUAGUUCUGUGUGUGGUGAUAUGACAUUAUCAAGAAAAGAACUUGAAGGAAUGACUGCAAAGGAGAACUCUGCACACAUUCAAUGUCUUUUUGAUAAGAAGGUAAGAUUCCCUAGUUUGGAGAGAUUGCAAAUUAGUCAUGCUUAUCAACUUGUAAAAUUGUGGAACGAUCAGGUCUCUUUGGAUUUCUUCUGCAAAUUAAAUCGUGUGUUUGUACACUUUUGUAAAAGACUUGUUAGUGUUUUUCCAUCUAACAUGCUCGGGAGUCACCAGAAAUUAGAAUGUUUGGAAGUACAAAACUGUGAUUCAGUUGAAGAGAUAUUUGAAGUGCUUGAGAAAAGCUCUGGCAUGGUGGAUGUAAUUGUUGCCAAGGAGGGAACAAUCCCAAGGUUUGUGUUCUCUAAAUGUAUGCUGUUGAAUCUUCAGACUCUACCAAGUUUCAAGAGUUUCUACCCGGAGAUACAUAUUUCAGAAUGGCCAGUUUUAGAAGUCUUGAAGGUACAGGGAUGUGAUAACGUGGAGAUCAUUGCUUCAGAAUUAAUGAGCAUCCAAGGGAGUUAUGGAGACAGUCAACAACCACUGUUCUUUGCUUACAAGGAUGCAUUCCCUAGCUUGGAAGAACUAGAAUUAUGUGAAAUGCCCAGGCUAUUGCAUUUGUGGAGAGGAAAUUUUCCACCUUGCAACGCUUUUCAAAAUCUCAAGACUCUAAAAGUGUCAGAAUGUGGCAAUUUAGAAAAUUCAUGGUCAGCAUCGUUGCCGUUCCAGAAUUUAGAAACUCUGCUAGUAUCAAAGUGUGACGGAUUGAGAUAUUUACUGAGCCCCUCAAAAGCUAAAACUCUGGAUCAACUUACAAGAAUGAAUGUAUCCAAUUGCAAAAUGAUGGAGGAAAUUAUAACACAUUUGGGAGAUGAAGUAAUAGAGAAUUCAAUUGUUUUCAGCAAAUUAGGUUGUUUGGAACUUCACUGUUUGUCCAGACUUAAGAGGUUCUGUUGUGAGGAAUAUACUCUGCAAUUCCCAUCCUUGAAAAAAGUAAUUGUCAGACAAUGCUUGGAAAUGGAGACUUUUUGUCAUGGAGUUUUAAGCACACCAAAGCUCAAAAAACUACAGUUGGCAGAAGGAGAGGAUGAAGUAGAAGAAUGUUGGAAAGGCAACCUUAAUUCCACCAUACAAUAUUUGUUCAAAAAUAUGAAUGUAUGGAGCUCGAAAGAAGAUUGAGUUCAUUCCUUUAAAUAGUGUCGGGUACACCACAACUCCAUUUUGUGCAGGCAAAGAGGGACAUUAUUUCUGCCAUCUCAACUGAUUUUAUCUUCACAUUUUGUUGGAGGGGAAUGCUCUCUGUGUACACAUUUUUUUCUGCUGUUGGAUUUGUUUUAUGUACUAUUUCUUCAAGUUGCUGAACCUUGUAGACAAACAAGACGAUACAAUAUGCAGUUUGUUAAUUUCA